GACACACUUGCCAAGGAUAACUGAGAAUGUAAGGACUAUCCUUGCCUGGGCAGCUUGAGCGGGCUGCGCGCUAAAUGCAACUUCGAACCAUGCUCUAUAAAUAGCUGUUCAUUGUCAGCGUGUGUGAAAAGACAAGAGUGGGUGUGUGGUGGUAUGAUUCAGGCCUAAUGAAGGAGUCGCGUCUGCGCAGGGUUACAACUGGUAAUCUAGUCAGUAGGCAACCGGAAGGGCUCGCCUCUGACCCAACGCAGACUGAAGGGAAGCUGUUCGACACCGGUUUUGCCUCCAGCCAUGGCAAAAAUCAUCCUGAGGCACCUCAUUGAGACGCCAGUGCGCUACCAGGAGGAGUUUGAAGCUCGAGGCUUGGAAGACUGCAGGCUGGACCACGCUUUGUAUGCACUGCCGGGGCCAACUACUGUGGACCUGAGAAAAGCCAGGGAGGCCCAGCUUCCUCCGGUGGACUCAGAGGCCAAGAUGCCGGCCCAAGAAGGCAAAUCCCGCUUCCAGAUCCUGCUGGACGUGGUCCAAUUCCUCCCUGAAGAUAUCAUCAUUCAGACCUUCGAAGGCUGGCUGCUGAUCAAGGCUCAGCACGGAACCAGAAUGGAUGAGCAUGGUUUUAUCUCAAGAAGUUUCACCCGACAGUAUAAACUGCCAGAUGGCAUCGAAACCAAAGAUUUGUCAGCCGUCCUCUGUCAUGAUGGAAUUCUGGUGGUGGAAGUAAAGGAGCCAGCUGGGACUCAGUGACAUCUUAUCAAUUCCUGUUCAUACGGCAGGAGGAACAUUAUAGUUCAGCCAACGGUACCAAGGGGAUGUUUGUAUUAACCACAUUUGAAAUGAUUUUUAUAAGAUUGAAAAUAGAAACGUAGUUCCUGGUAUGUUGAGGUUGUGUUUGUUAUUCUUACUCAGAGAGGAAAAUUGUUAAAUGUUUCUAUAGCUCAAAGGGAUGCUAAUCUAACACCUGAAACAUUGACAGUUAGGAGACAAUGUGGAUUCUAGUGAAGAUUCAGACUUAUUUCUUCAUUACUCCAAGAAAUGUCCCAGAAACUGCAUUUGUAAUACUUGAUGGCAAAAGAGCCAUAUGAUUUCUUAUCCAUUUUAUGAAAACUUUCUAUAUUGCUAAAAAAAAGUUGUGAUUCCCUUCACUUGACAAGCUUUUCUUUUUCUUUUUUUUGACAAGCUUUUCAAGGAAUUUUAAUUGAAGUGGAAUCUGUAAAUAUAGAGUCUGAAAGUUGAAAUACAGCACUUAGGAAUUGGGCCUGAAAUGUAUUUAUGAUUCAUUACAGCUGUUACUGCCUUAAAUGUAAUACUGGAAUUUUCAGAUGUAAAUUUUAUUUAAAAAAAAAAGUUCUAAAUAUGUACCUCAUUUUUAAAAAGUCGAACUGAGUGCCGGAUUGAUGUAUUUUUAACAACAGCAUAUGUUCUGUGGAUAUUUAUGCAAUGUUACAAACUUAUGUGUUGACUCAUAUUCUUAUAAGUUUGUAUCAAGUUUAGGAAACCACUUUAGAAAGUGUAAUUACUGAAUUCAAAGAGUUUUACUCUACAUUCUUUGAUGCUGCUUAGAAUUUUAGAUUUUAGAAGACAGCAAAAUACACUGCAUCUGCUGUCUCUGCAUAAUCCUUAGCUUUAAAUAGCCUGGCAGGUAGUAGAGUUUCCCAGGCCAGAGCUUGCACAGGGACUGAGAAGUGCUGAGACACUGAUGGAGGUUAAGGAUUUGCUUUAGGAAUAUUGCCAUCAACAGCUGGUCUGUGACAUUCCAAAGAUUUGCUAUCUCAUUCUGUACAUGCUAAAUAUUUCUCGGGAGGAAGUGGCCACUUUUACCCUGCACCCCAUGUGUGCGGCCAGCGAGCCUAUGCACAGUGCUGGGAAUAGAAGGGGCUGGGUGUGCAAAGAGCCAGGAUGGACGCAGGCCACUGAUGACACCCCGUCCUCCUCCACAGCGCUUUGUUGUUCGAGUGACAACGUAAGAGACACGAAGGAAGACAAAAAGACACCAAACAGUUCUAAAAAAUGUUUUGAAAGCAAACAUAAUUGGAGAGAUGUGUUUACAAUAUAAUUAAAUUGGAAAGAUUUUGAAGCUGAAUAUUAAUGGUUAUUCACUGAGGUUUGUGCAUCAUAAGAAAUUUUGUUUGACAAAGUGAAUAUCACAGACCAGCUUUGCUACAAUACAAAGAUGAUCAUAAUUAAUGGGACUCCAUCUAAUACGAUUAGAGCUGGGAUACUAUUUUUCCCACUUUAGAUUAUUCUUUCUCAAUGAUUGGCAGGAUGGUAGGGAAACAAAGUAGUGGUUUGAGAGUAAACCAAUCAAUAAAAACAUCCCUCUCAUUUGGCCUUAACCCUA